AUGUCUUUAAUAAGAUUUUCCAGGAAAUUAUUAUUACAUAACACUAGUAAUAAAAAAACUAAAACCCUAGUAUCACGUUUAUUUAUAACAUCAUCGUUAACAACAUCAAAUUCAUCAAUAACACCCAAGAAGCCUUAUGAUACACUUUCUAAGUCAAAAGAAAAAUUCGAAACUCUUAAAGAAAAAGUCAUUCAACUUAGCGAAGAAGAGAGGUUAAACGAUGCUAUCAAAUUGGUAAAAAGUGAAGAAAAUCUAGAAUUCAAAACUGGGGAAGCUUGGGAUCAAUUGAUAAUGGAAUGUGUUGAUAAAGGAAGAGCUAAAAUGGCCGUUAGAUUAUUUGAUGAGAUGAAAAGACUUUCGCUUCCUUUUACCAAAGGAACAUUCACAACUAUAUUAAACGGACUUGCCGAUUAUCGUAUUUCUCCUCAAUUAGUAGAAUAUGCCACAUCAUUAAUAAAACAGCUAGUUCAAUCUAGUGAAUCAAGACCUGAAAUUAAACUUGAGAUUGAUCAUAUAAAUUCAUUAUUGAAAAUUUGUUAUCGCUCAAAACAUUUCCAACUUGCAUUAGAUACUUACGAUAAUUUGAUUAAAGGUAACAAGAAAGUGAAAGAAAAUAGAGAUACUUAUUUAUACUUGAUGAAAAUAGGUUCAAUUAGUAAUAUAAAUGAAUCAGAAAAGUUUUAUGAAAUAGCAAAAGAUAUUUGGGAAAAGUUAAUUAAAAAACAAAAAUCAAAUGAUGAUGGAUCCGUGGUUAUUGACAACGAUUUGGUGUGCGGUAUAAUCCAAACUUAUAACAAUUCAGGUUAUACAUCUGAAGCAUUUGAAAUUGUUGACAGUAUUUAUGGAUUUGAUAAUAUUUUUAGUUUAUGUUUUAAAUCAAGACGAUUUGAUUUAGGCGCAGAAUAUUAUAAUCAAGUGAUAGAAAAAUAUCCUGAUCUUAAUAUCAACGUUACCAGUUACAAUAGUCUGAUAUCUCUCAACAACUUAAGCUUUCAAUACAACAAAUCAAUUGAAAUAUACAACCAGAAAUUCAAAAAUUCCAAGAUAAUACAAAAUUCUGAAACCAUUGAAUUGUUGAUAACAUCAUGUCAACAUCUUUGUGAUUUGGAAACUGCAAAAAGCAUUUUAAAAAAUGCAUUUGAAAAUAAAGUGAUUUUGAAACCAGUUGGUCUAGCUAGAUUAAUAAAAUUAUCUUCAGAACUAGCCACAACCACCGAAAGUUAUGAUUAUGAGUUGUGGGAUGAAUUCUUUAAACAAUUGUCUUCCAUAAAGGCCAAACGUAAAUUUUAA